GUUGAAAUGAACAGAUGUCUAGAGUUCUAUCAUGUGUAUUUUAUUAAGAAAUAAAUCAAAUUAUCUAGUAAACAAUGUGUAUUUAAAUCAAAUAACAAGGAAGGGACUUAUUUUGAAUAAAAUGCUGAGACAUCGAUGAGAUUAUAGCGCAUUCCAUCACUUUCCAGCACGAAAUGUGAUACUCCAUCACUGUCAUUCCCGCUGCCAAUUGAAUGCUUUCCAUCGAAAAGAGAAUGCCACUAUUUUCUCGACCAAACAAAGAAAAAUGUGAACAAUAUGUCCUUACCUAACAGUGGCGUGGCACGAUAGUGGGGGACAGCACAAGGGUUCAGAUAUGGUGUCGUACGCCAAGCUGUUCAGGACCACCGAGGAGCAGCUUCAGCCCAUCGAGGCCACUGUCAUCGCAGUAGAUUACUCAGCACAAAGCCGAAACUGCCGAAACAAAGGAACAAUAAAGAGGCCCAGCAUCACUCUCCGACGUCAUACCCCUUCCGAUCCGGUGAAUGGUCAGGCUAUACCAGGGGUCUCCAAACUACGGCCCGCGAGCACCUCCAAUCCGGUUAGAUGA